AUGGAGUCGAUAAGACGGAGAAAACCGAGUCUGAAACCGAUUGAAUGUAAGGGUAAAGCUAGUAAAGCAUCUGAAGAAGAAGAACAAUUAAGUCCGUCGUCAAGGUUAUUUCAUGAACCCAACUUCAACGUACAUGUUUUAGCUAUUAUGGGAAGCAAAUCAAGAAUCAAUGACCUUCAAUUAAUCAAAGACAAUUUGGUUCAUACUUUGCUUAAGCAUCCUCGAUUCUCCAGCCUUCAGGUGGUGGAUGAGAAAAAAAAUGGAGAAAUGAAAUGGGUACAAACAAAGGUGGACUUAGAUAAACACAUUAUAGUACCACAAGUGGAUGAACAAAACCUUCAUGAAUCACCAGAAAAAUUCGUGGAAAACUAUAUUCGGAAUCUUAGCAAAACGACUCUUGACAAAUCAAAACCUAUGUGGGAUCUCCAUCUUCUUAACGUCAAAACAUCUGAUGCUGAGUCUGUUGGCAUUUUCCGAAUCCACCAUUCACUUGGCGAUGGCACUUCUCUUAUUUCCCUUCUCUUGGCGUGUACUCGCCAAACUGCUGAUCCUGAUAAAGUUCCAACUAUUCCUGGAAAUAAAAAGAGAGUUAUCCAUUCUUCAGAGCAUAAUUCCACUAAGGGAUUACAUCGAUAUGUUAUGAAAAUUUGGUUUUUUAUGAAAUUGAUUUGUUAUACAAUAGUGGAUGUGUUGAUGUUUAUGGCUACGAUUAUGUUCCUGAAGGAUACAACUACGCCGAUUAAGGGUAGACCUGGUUCUGUGUUUAAUCCUAGACGACUAGUUUACAGGAUAGUAAGUCUUGACGAUAUGAAAUUGGUGAAAAAUGCGUUGAAUAUGACAGUAACUGAUGUUGCUUUGGGAGUAACACAAGCUGGUUUGUCUGUAUAUCUUAAUAGAAGAUAUGGUGAGGGCAAGAAAGACAGGGGAGCAACAGAGAAAAACAAUAAUCUGCCGAAGAACAUCAGACUUAGAUCAAGUAUUCUUGUGAAUCUAAGACCGUCAGUUGGAAUACAGACUUUAGCUGACAUGAUGGAGAAAGACACUGAGGCAAAGUGGGGAAAUUGGGUUGGAUUUGCUCUUCUACCCUUUAAAAUUGCAUUACGAAAUGAUCCCUUAGAUUAUAUCAGAGAAGCUAAGGCAACUAUACAUCGAAAGAAAAAUUCACUUGAAGCUUUCUAUACAUGUUACAUUUCAGAAUUUGCACUCAAACUUUUUGGGAUUAAGACAUCAAGUUCGAUAUCACACAGAAUUUUCACCAAUACAUCAAUGUGCUUUUCAUGUUUGCCUGGUCCUCAAGAAGAAAUUGGCUUCUAUGGUCACCCUAUGGCUUACCUUGCCCCCUGUUCUUAUGGACAACCUCAGGCAUUGAUGAUUAAUUGCCAAAGCUAUAUAAACAAGAUGACUAUCGUUCUAUCAGUCGAUGAAAGUGUGAUUCCUGAUCCACAUCAAUUGUUGGACGAUCUUGUACAAUCUCUAAAGCUCAUCAAAGAUGCUGUGGUAGAAAGAGGUCUUUGCCAUGAGUAG